CGUUUUGUUUUCGCGUGCUGUGCCAUGUGACUCGGAUGUUUAGCAGAAGCCAAGAGAGAGAGCAGCUCGGCAAAAACUGUGCAGAGAAGGCUGUGGGUGCUUGCUUGUUUUUGCUGUUAAAACUUUUGGACGACACAUACAAGUAAUUUUUCAAAAUCCCAAUGAGUAAAAAGCUUAUUUUUAAUUUAUAAAUAUUUAAAAAUAAACCAAUAUAUACAUAUGUGUAUAUGAAUAUUAUAUGUUUGAAAUUUAAUGCAGAGACAUUUAUUAUAAACAAAAUUGUGCGAUAGUUAAGCCUUCUUGCACAGAACAGUUGCAUACAACCUGAAAAUGUCCGGAGACAACAAAAGCACCAUGUAUGCUCACAAGAACAGGGAUAUUCCUGCAAAAAGGAUUCUAAUAAACGACCCGACUCAAAUGCCUAUGGACUAUAGUACAACCCCUGGGGGUUCAAUUUUCUCCACCACUCCUGGAGGUACUAGAAUAUUUUAUGACCGAGCAUUUUUACUGCAAUGCCGUAAUUCUCCAUUGGCUAAAAGCCCUCCUCCAAAUAUGGCACAGAUUCCUGGAAUAACAAUGCCUGGAGAAGUUGACAUGCCUAGUAAUCCACAUACAGCAGUUGAAGAAGAGAAAGGUACUAAAGAAAACGAAGAACAACCACAGUUUCAGAUGGACAUUUGAACUUUUCUUCAAACUUUUCGUGUGAUUUUCUAUGGCUCUUCUUGAUGUUGUUUCUUCUGAACAGGCAUUUAAAAAAAAAAAAAAAAGAAA